AUGAGCAAACAACGGUCCAGUUCCCGUCGCCAGAAGCCACGCUCCCACCGCAAUCCGUUCAGCCCCUUGAACCCUUUCCUCUGUUCCUUCGGCGGCUCUCGCGCACAAGCUAUCCUCCUGAUCCUCGUCCCUUCUUUCAUAUGUGCCCUGCUCUUUGCAGCCGGGGCCGACAGCCUCCCAGUAUGGAAGUAUGAAGAUGAGAGUGGUGUUUGGGAGAUUGGGGCGCGAGGAUACAGCGUAGGGGGUAAUGCCGUGCAGCACCAAAAGUAUCUGUACGACACCCCCUGGCCAGCUCCCGUGGAAGGUCUACCGCCGCUCCUGCUAGCCCACGUAAUUAUUGGAGCCAUCGCCACAGCCCUCCUUGCCGCAUUGAUGAUUCUCGCCAUGCAAAGCACGCGCAGGCGAAGUUCUGAUACCCUCAAGAGUCGGGCAUUCGAGACUGCUAUUCGGAAACCGAAUAUCUACAUGCGGAUACUCAUGUCUUUGAUGACGCUUGUUGUGGGUGCACUGCUGAGUCUGAAUUGUGCGGUAUGGGGAGUAGCGCAAGCCAGAUCGCUGGAUCUGAAGCUUGCAGUGCUGGGGUAUUUGGUGUGUAUCGGAGGCUUUCUGCUUUGGGCAUUUUGGAUUUAG